AUGAGAAAGACCAGCGCCAUUGCAGUGGGGAUCUGCGGAGCCCUCUUUGUUGGAUAUUGCAUCUACUUCAACAGGAAGCGACGGAACGAUCCCAACUUUAAGAAGAGGCUGCAGGAGAGAAGGAGGAAGCAGCAAUUGGCCACAAAUGGUAAUGGGCUCAUCCGCGUUCGGAAGCAGAAAGAUGCCGAGGCCAUGCAGGCAAUUUUCCUGGAAGAGAUCCAGCUUGGGGAGGAGUUUCUGGCACAAGGAGACUAUGAGAUUGGCAUUGAUCACCUGUCGAAUGCGUUUGCGAUUUGCGGCCAACCUCGGCAACUCCUUCAGGUUCUCCAACAGACCAUCCCCCCGCCAAUUUUCCAUGUGCUCCUGAGGAAACUCUCCGCCAUCAGGUUAUGA